UACUUAAUAUUUAUUAGGAUGCAAUCACUCACAUUGUUCUCUGUGUGCAUGUUGGCAUUGAUUGCCAUUGGUUCUGCCAAUGUCACACCAGCCAGCAUCAAGUUGGCCUACACCUCGCACGACUAUGAGAUGCGUGUCACUUGGUACUCCAAGGACUCGACCGCCACUCCAUCCAUCAUGUACUCGACUAACAUGUUCACCCCAAGCGGCGCUGGCUCCACCGUCAACGGUGCCCAGGCCACCAGUGUGUCGCUCAGCGGCACCUCUGGCUGGACCGGCUACGUCAACUCUGGAAUCAUCACUGGUCUCCAGUCGAUGACCACCUACUACUACACCUGUGGUGACAAGAAGACCGGCACCUGGUCCAACGUCUACAACUUCACCACUGGUGUCUACCCAUCAAAGUCCAACAAGGUCACCCCAUACAGUGUUGUCACCUAUGGAGAUAUGGUAAGAUAUUACAAGGGCCUCACCAUCAGCAACAUCGUUGGAAGAAUCGAUGAUUUCUCUUACGCAAUGCACGUUGGUGACAUUGCCUACGCUGAUUCGGGCAGCAACGGUAACCAGGCCACUUGGGACUCCUUCUUGUCGCAGGUUAACCCAAUUACCUCGCGCCUCCCAUACAUGGUGUGCCCAGGCAACCACGAUGUCUUUGCCAAGGAGAAGAUCUACUUGCAGACCUUCAACAUGCCCUCGGUCAGCAGUGGCUCAACCUGGUACUCCUACGACUUCAACGGUAUUCACUACGUGUCUUUCUCCUCCGAGGACACCUACUCCUCCGGCUCGGCCCAGUGGAACUGGAUCGAGAGUGACCUGAAGAGCUACCGUGCCUACAACCCAACCGGUUGGAUCGUCGCAUGGGCCCACAGACCAUUAUACUGCUCCUCCAAGAAGUCAUGGUGCAGCCCAUCGGACAGUGGAAGAGCCGCCUUCAUCAAGGCCAUCGACCAGCUGUUCCUCAAGUACAACGUCGAUAUCUUUGUCUCGGGCCACACUCACUCAUAUGAGAGAACGUUGCCAGUGAACAACAAUGCCGUCAAGGGUACUUUGAGCGCUCCAAAGGCCACCGUCCACUUCAUCAUUGGUACCGCCGGUAACAAGGAGGGUCUGAUCGAUGGUUGGGUCUCUCUGCCAAAGUGGUCCACCGGUCCAAGAAUCGAGAAGACUGGCUACGGUGUGAUCAACUUUGCCAACGAGACCCAUCUCCAGUGGCAAUUCCUUACUGACUCCAACAACGCUGUCGAGGAUGAGUGUUGGGUUCAAAAGGGAAAGUUCUAA